CCUAAGCCCUCUACAUAGGACCGCGGACCGCUUUCUUACCAUUGGACACAAAUAGAGGUCGAGGGAAACAUGUCUGUCAGACUAUAAUCUACAGAAAUAAUCGUGGGGCUAAUCCAGGUCGCCACUUAACCUUGACAUCAAAAUUUCGUGUAUAUCUGGAGAUUCGAGAAAACAAUGGAAUUGGCAGCAAGGAAGGGUGUUCAUCCUUGCAAUGUCGUCUGUUCACAUAAACCUUCCUUAUCUCGCUCCGUUGAAGGCAACACCCGGGUUAGCGUUCCCAGUUGGCACGGACCACACCAAUUCCUUCACAAUUCCUUAACAAUACGACAUUCCAUCUUAAAUGGGAGGCCAAGCGUUACUGGCCGUCACUCUAAUCUCCGGGUGCAAGCAGCAGCAAAACAGACAUUCUCCUCAUUUGAUGAAAUGCUUGAAAAAUCAGAACAACCAGUCUUGGUUGAUUUCUAUGCUACCUGGUGUGGCCCCUGUCAGUACAUGGUCCCUAUUUUGGAGGAUGUUGGUCGUAGAAUGAAAGACAAGAUCCGUGUGGUCAAAAUUGAUACGGAGAAGUAUCCAAGCCUUGCCAGUCGAUAUGAUGUGCAAGCCUUGCCUACUUUCAUUCUGUUCAAAAAUGGGCAGCCUUUUGAUCGACUUGAAGGAGCUAUACCAGCAGAUCAACUAAUUGGUCGGAUUGAAAAGCUUCUUCAAGCAGCUAAAUAGAACUCACUAGAAUUGAAUUCUUACUCAUCUAAUUUGGCGUUAAUAGCAUCUUCUUGGUGUAAAAUGAAAGUUCAGUUGAAUUCUUCAAAUAUUUUAGUGUGACUAAUUUAACUGUGAGACAUGCUAUGGAUUCUGCAGGCAUGGCAGCAUUAGGUAUCAAGUUUUCUCAUAUUAUAAAAGCCUGUCCAGUAUCACAGUUGUAUUCUUUGUUUUUUCAGAUCUUGCCAUUUUUCAAUAUUUUGAACUGUAGCUUGUUGUACCAUAACUUCCUCCAUUAUAUGGUCCGUGCCUCAUCAUAAGCAAGUUACACAACUUCUUUACCCGUUCA